AUACUGUUUCCGGAAUAAGUCCUCUUCGGUGGUUCACCAACUGUCAGCAGGUGGCUAGUCGGCUGGCAAGCAAAUAAACGGUUUUGCUGUCUGACAUUUAAGCAGCAAUUGACUGCAUCUAUCUGACCGCAGCUUAGUGUUUAUGGUGGCGUGUCGUGUCGCGUCACGUCACGUUAGAUAACGUCCAGUGAAAAAGGAGUCCUCCUUGAAUGACUGACUUCGCAGUUGCGUGGCUAGCUAGCAAAGAGGAGGGUGGGGACAAAAACUUCAGCCUCGCCCAGUCCGUAGCUUUAUACCAGCAGGCAGCUACUCUCUCGGCGGUGUGAGCACCCACACCUCUAAAUUCGAUACUUAUUAAAGGGGAGACUGAAACCCUUGUGUCAAAGUAGGCGAAAAGAAGCAACCAUGUUCAGGAAAAACUUGAAGAAGGAUCCCGAGCUGUUUCAGAACGUGUCGGACGGAUUGCGGCGGCUUUACCGGACCAAACUGUUCCCGCUAGAGGACACGUAUCGAUUCCACGACUUCCACUCCCCAGCCCUCGAAGAUGCCGACUUUGAUAACAAGCCCAUGGUUCUCCUGGUCGGCCAGUACUCCACCGGGAAGACCACAUUUAUCCGGCACCUCAUGGAGCAGGACUUCCCCGGUAUGCGGAUUGGCCCGGAGCCGACAACAGACUCUUUCAUCGCGGUGAUGCACGGGGAUCAGGAGGGGGUGAUACCGGGUAAUGCCCUGGUUGUCGAUCCCAAGAAGCCCUUCCGCAAGCUCAACGCCUUUGGCAACGCAUUUCUCAACAGGUUCAUGUGUGCCCAGAUGCCUAACCCCGUCCUGGAGAGCAUCAGCAUCAUUGAUACUCCUGGAAUCCUGUCAGGGGAGAAGCAGAGGAUAAGCAGAGGGUACGACUUUGCCGCUGUGCUCGAGUGGUUCGCUGAACGCGUGGAUCGCAUCAUCCUCCUGUUUGAUGCCCACAAGCUGGAUAUCUCUGAUGAGUUCUCCGAGGUGAUCCGCGCACUCAAGAAUCACGAGGACAAAAUGCGCGUGGUGCUCAACAAGGCAGAUCAGAUCAGCACCCAGCAGCUGAUGAGGGUCUAUGGAGCGCUGAUGUGGUCUUUGGGUAAAAUCAUCAACACACCUGAGGUGGUGCGUGUGUACAUUGGGUCAUUCUGGGCACAGCCCUUGUUGGUCCCGGACAACAGGAAGUUGUUUGAGGCGGAGGAACAGGACCUUUUUGUGGACAUUCAGUCGCUGCCACGCAACGCAGCUCUACGCAAACUUAAUGACCUCAUCAAGCGAGCACGUCUCGCCAAGGUGCAAGCUUACAUUAUCAGCUCUCUGAAAAAGGAGAUGCCGAGUAUGUUUGGAAAGGACUCCAAAAAGAAGGAGUUGAUUGCCAACCUGGGGGAAAUCUACCACAAGAUAGAGAAGGAGCACCAGAUCUCACCCGGAGACUUCCCCAAACUUGACAAAAUGCAGGAGCUGCUAAACGGUCAGGACUUCACCAAGUUUGCUUCACUCAAACCCAAACUGCUGGAGGCGGUGGAGGACAUGCUCGCCAAUGACAUCGCACGUCUCAUGGCAAUGGUCCGCCAGGAAGAGGCCACCAUGCCCAGCCAGACCGUCAAGGGUGGAGCUUUUGAGGGAACCAUGAGUGGUCCCUUUGGCCACGGUUACGGUGAGGGUGCCAGCGAAGGCAUUGACGAGCUGGAGUGGGUGGUGGGGCGCGACAAGCCCACGUACGAUGAGAUCUUCUACACCCUCUCUCCCAUCAACGGCAAAGUGUCCGGCGCUGCCGCCAAGAAGGAGUUGGUGAAGUCCAAGCUGCCCAACACAGUCCUGGGAAAGAUCUGGAAGCUGGCAGAUGUGGAUAAAGAUGGCUUCCUCGACGACGAGGAGUUUGCCCUGGCCAACCACCUGAUCAAGGUAAAGCUGGAGGGCCACGAGCUGCCUCCCACGCUGCCAAACCACCUGGUGCCCCCGUCUAAACGUGGGUCGGUGGAGGCCUAGAUGCACCCUGCAGAUCAUUGAUGUCAACACAGGGCUCUCCAGGCAGUGUCUAACUUCAAGAAAGAACAGCAGCACCUGGGGUAUUUUUCACCAGAGAGAGACUGGAGGGUAUCUGGGGGUUGGGUGGGAGGGAGGGCGGGUCCAUCUUUGUGAAUCUGGGGAUAAUGUUUAGUGCGUGUGAAAUAAACGGCGGGAGAGGGGUUUGAUUUGCAGACCGAUAGAAGGACAAUUACCAAACUGAUGGGUAGCUGGAGGUCACACGAUGAGGCGGAACAUGGAUUUAUGCAUCCUGUGUAAAAGAUGUCUUACAAAUAUACACUUCAUAUUGUUAUAUGUUGAUCCAAAGAAAUCUAGUUUUUUUUCCAAUUGGGAAAGAGAAAGGAAAUGAAUCGAAACAGCUGUUAGAUGUGCUUUAUCUCUAUUUUUGUAUUUCCUCACUGUUAACUUUGACUCUUUCCAGAAGCUUCCUUUUUUAUUAUUUUGCCGGAUAAAUAAAACGGAAUGCUUGUACCAUUCAAAAGGUUAAGUGGAUUUGUAUUUAAUAUUGCUAUAUCACAUUUAACAGUGGUUUGUCAGAAGAAAGCUACUUAUUAAAAUGGGGGAAACGCAUUUAAAUAAAUAUGCUAAAUAAAUCUUAA